AUGCCGCCAAAGGCGAAGGCAAAGGCUGAGCUGCAUGAGGAGGAAUCAUUGCAGGCCAUGGGCAUCGACACCAGCGAGGAUGCCCCUGCUGGGCACGUCCUCCUGGUGGUCAGUUCCAAAGGCGACAACAAGUUGUUGUGCCUGAAGUGCUUCUACGUGAAAAGAGGCUCCUUCAAGCGUCUUUCCGUCCGGGAGUUUAUCGCGAUACUUCGAAUGAUGCCAUCAUUGAACGAUAAGUUCAUCAACCUGAGACGCAAUCACGUUCGACAGACGUGCCUUCAACCUGGUGCCAAGCCACGGCACGAGGCCAUCAAUGUGCGUCUGUAUGCUGAGCAACGGACGAGCUCCUACAUCAACUUCCAGCAGGCGGAAGGCACUUGGAUCGAGAUUGGUGAUUACUUCGAAGAGAAAGCACCCGCGGACAUCAAGAAAAAGUGCCGCACACUUGCGGCCAAGAAGAACUGGAUUGUGAACGCUCUGGACAUGAAGAUCCAGCAGGACGAGAGGGGGGUGGAAGGUGUGAUCAUCCUUCCCGACUCCAAACGCCGCAAAGUCCUCAUUGGGACGAAGAUGGCUGCUGACAAGAUCCGCAGAAGUGAGGUUGAAACCGGUGCUGACCUUGAAGCGGCCUUCCAGCGAGACUCUUCCAAGUUGCAAGCGGAAGUCAACACGGAGGACUCAAGGGUGGCUGGUCCUGGGGCUUGGGGUGUUCAACAUGUAGGAACAGGUGACAAAAACCUAAGUUCCAACUUCAAAAAGCAUGAUUCCUGGGGGUGA